GCCCUGGCGCCUUCCUCCAACAAGGGAACGAGACGGAAGAAAAACCCUACCAGACGGUGUUUACUUGGACCACAGCACACUUUAGACUGGAGAAACUGGUUUUAUUUUAUUUUAAUGACGUCCCGUUUAGGUAACGUGAAGGAGGGUUGACAGACCAGCUCACUUGGUCUAAAAAAAACCCCGCCGUCAAGCGCAAACGAGGCUAACGUUUAAUUUGAACGCGAAGCAAACAGAAACUACAGUAGAAGAAGAAGGAGACGAAGUUGGCGCGUUUUGGAUGAAAAUCUUAUAAAGAAAACAAGAUGGACGUCAGCUCAGGCGACCUGCCCUCUGACGCGGCACCGGACUCUCCAGGGAAGAACAGUGCCAGCUCUGAUGAACUUGUACCGCUUUCGAAAUUCCUGAAAAGGACAAACGAAGCUUCCAAACACUCCUCUGACGAUGAGCCACUGAGCAACCUGAAAACAAACUUGGCAGCUGCGACUAAACCAGUGAAGAAAGAAAACACAUCAUCGAAUGGCACAAAAAGGAAAGCAGCUUCAAACAAUGACGACAGCUCCGACAACGAGCCUCUGGAGAAAAACACAAAAGCUUCUUCCAAGGUUGCAAAAAAGCGUUUCUCUGCACCUCCAAAGAAAUCUGUGGAUAAAAAGAAAAAAGACUCUGAUGACUCCUCAGAUGAUGAGCCGCUGAUAAAGCUGAAAACAAAACUUGCGUCUUCUGAGAAAUCUGCGAAAAAAGAAAACACAUCCUCCAGAUCAAAUGUUUCACAGAAGAACGACACAGGCGACAGCUCUGAUAAUGAGCCUCUGAUAGAGAUUGCCAAAAGGUCUUCCAGGAAUGCAAAGAAGCCUUUGUCUCCAAAAAAAUCCGCUAACAGAAAGAAAAAAGAAGCAUCAGCUGACGAGGACAGUUGGGACAAUGAGCCUCCUAGCAAAGUCGCCAGAAAACUUAGAUCCAAACGUCAAACGAGGAAAGAGAGAAAGUCAAGUCCAGUCACGAAAUCCAAAAGGACCGCAGCAAGAAAAGUGGUUAAAUAUGCAGAGUCUUCAGGAGACAGUUCAGACAAUGAACCACUGGCAACAAUCAAGAGGAAGAGCACUAGGUCUGCGAGUGUGAAAACAAAAGCCAAACUUGCAGACAGCAACUCGGAUGAAGAUGAAGAUGAUGAGGAUGAUGACGAUGAUGAGCCCUUGGUGGCCAAAAACAAAAAAAAGGACGCAAAGAAGACAAGGGAACUAAGAGGUAGUUCCUCAAAAAAGACACAAGGAGUGACCGAUGAGAGCUCAGAGGAUGAACCCUUGGUCAACCUUGUGAAAAAGAAGCACACAGACAAACAAACAAAGGCUUCACCUCCAAAAAAGAAUAUCGCUUCCAGAAGGACAAGAAAGACGCCCGUGUCAGAUAAAGCAUUGAAAAGUGGCAGCUCGGAUGACGAACCCGUACUCGACACAGCCAGACACCCAGAAGUGACCAAACAAGUGAGAAUAAUACUGGAGAGGUGUGAUGUUGAAGAGACAAGGCCAACAGGAAGCCUGAUCAAAACAACUACAGCAGAGACGACGAUCACCGGAGAUGCCACUGUGGAAGAAUCUGAGGUUUCGGUGGAAUCGUCAGAAGAAGAAGAAUCGUAAAGUUGUCACACAGUAAAAUAUAAUUGUUAAUUUUUAGCUUUCAACCUCUGAACUAGUGACUAGUGGCUCCACAUUUAAUGGACGUUACGAUGUUUUUAAACGACACGGAGAGACACCUCCCAAACAUCAGUGUUCAUACAGAGUAAAGUUACUGUAUGUUUUAUAUUUCAUAUAUAUACAUGUUAAACUAAGUCUUUUUACUCCGAUUUUGAGGUUUGGGAACAUAUUCUGUAAGAUUAAAAAAAAAAAAAAGGCACAGUGUUUUAAUGUUGUUGUACUAUUUGUGCCUAUUGUUCAAUUUGACUGUUUUUUUAAGAAUAUGAUUUUACUGUUGGUGAUGUAACUUACAUUUCUGCCUUUAAAUGUUCGCUCUGCAUGCAGCAGUGACAAUCUCCCAUGUUGGAUUAAACUGCUUUCCCACGGA